AUGGUUAGUCAGAGUAAUGAUAAUAAUGGAAAGCAAUUUAACACUAAAGAAACAACUGAAAAUUUGAAUUUAAGUAUUAGUGAUGAGAAUAAUAGCGAAUAUAGAACUAAUGAAACUUUUAUUUCUUCUAAAAGAAGUGAGCUAGGUAAAGAGAAUGUUGAAAAUGCAUCUAAUAAUGAAACAGGAGGUCUUAAAAAAGAUGAAGACGAGUUUAAUUUGAGUAGAUUAAGUCAUCAGGCAUACAAAACUGAAAAACUUAAAAAUUAUCAUACGAUAAUGUCUAAUACCGAAAUAUUAAAUGAUUCAGAUUUUAUCGAAAGAAAAAAUUUUACUGAACUUAGAUUAUUACAACAACGAGCCUUUAUGAUAGCUGAAUUAGUUUGUAUAAAUGAUAAGAAUAUUCCAUUAAUAGAUGAAGAUAUUAAUCAAAAUAAAGGAGGAAGUAAAAAAACUAGAACACCUUAUAGUAAACAAGAAAGUGAUUUUAUUAUUGAAAGGGGUAAAACAGAAGAUAGAAAUUGGAUUAAUAUUUUAAACGAGGGGAGAGAGAAAGGAAUUAUUCAUCCAAGUAGGAACAAUCAUGAUUUAAGUGCACACUUUCUUACAAAAUGUAAAUCAGAAAGUUUAGAAAAUCACUCAGAAAAAAACAUAAACCACUUGUGGGGGAUCAUUCAAAUUGAUAGUAAUUUAGUAAUUAAUAUCUUUAAAUCUAGAUUUGUUUACCGUUGCAAACAUACUGCACAAGCUGUUAGAACCUUUGCAUAUAAUAUCUUUAAUAAAGAAAACAGAAUAAAAGAUAGUUAUGUGAUUAGAAUAGUUUCAUUAUUUGAACCUAAAAAAAUCAUUCACUAUUCUAUUAGAUAUCUUGAUUAUAAUGCUAUCUCUGUUAAGUGCAUUAAGAAUUUUAAAUAA